AUGGACCUACCGGCCAACCCCUUGUUUAUCGAUAACUUCCCUUCCACUAUCGAUUCCUACUCGAUCAAAAGCCUGCCGAACCCAAAUCCCGAAACAAUCAAAACCGAUUGUACUGGUCCACAACUACGGGCAAGUAUCAUCGAUAGAUUCAGAUGUAACGCCACCAGUCAAAAUGGCACUACUGGUCCGAUCGACGUUCAAACUAGGGAAUGGUCCAACUUGUCGAAGCCUGAUGAGGAGAAACUGUAUUCGUACAGAUACACUUGGACGGCUGGCUCUUAUGGUGGGCCAAAGAGGAGACCUCUCGCAUGUUUGGAGAAUAGUGAGGAUCAGAUUGAUCAGGAGGUAGCGGCGAGGAUUAGGGCACUAAUGAACCCGAAAAUGUUGACUGAAUCAUAA